AUGGCUAACCGACGGCCUCAGUUCAACCAGCAGUUCCAGGUCGACACGACCCCUCUGCCCGACGACAUCCCCAAGGUCAAGGAGAUUGGCGCCAGCUCCGCGCCUCUCCUGUCGGCGUCCUACUUCAUCGGCGCCCGUUGCCGCGAAUACAAUGACGAUUUCAUGCAGUGCAAGACGGACAGCGCGGGCCGCGGCGAGUUCGACUGCUUGAAGGAGGGUCGUCGGGUCACGAGAUGUGCCUCCAGCGUGCUGAAGGACAUCAACACUCACUGCCUCGAGCAGUUCAAGGCCCACUGGACCUGCAUCGAGAACCGCAACCACCAGCUCUACCAGUGUCGACCAGCGGAGUGGAAGCUCAACAAGUGUGUCUACGAGAACCUGAAACUCGAGAAGAACAUCCCCGACCAGCGCCCUGGCGUCACCCCCGUCGAGCUCCGCCCCCACAUGAUCUACGCCGACCAAGCCAUCAACACCCUCGAAGGCAAGCCUUUCAUCCCCCCAUCAAAGCAAGCAUCGUAG